CCAAUCACAGGCUCAAACCAGCUAGCCAGCUCUAGCACUUGACACGCACAUGCGCAGAUUGAUUGUAAAGCGGGCCUUGAAUCAUGUCAAGACACGGUCGAAACGGAGGAGACGCUAAGGUUUACGUCGGUAACCUGGGCACUGCUGCAGGGAAGGGAGAACUAGAGCGGGCGUUCGGGUAUUACGGACCCUUGAGAACAGUGUGGAUUGCGAGGAACCCCCCGGGCUUUGCCUUUGUGGAGUUUGAAGACACCCGGGAUGCAGAAGAUGCGGUCCGUGGCCUUGACGGCAAGUUAAUUUCUGGAUCUCGAAUUCGAGUUGAAUUAUCUACAGGGUUGCCGCGACGAUCUCGGUACGAGCGUGCGCCCACCAACCGGGCCUUUGACUCCAACGACAAGUGCUAUGAGUGUGGUGAGCGGGGGCACUAUGCCUACGACUGCCACCGCUACAGUCGACGCAGGAGGAGCAGGUCCCGGUCUCAUUCCAGGUCCGGUGGGAGGAGGUAUUCUCGCUCUCGCAGCCGGGACCGUAGCAGGAGAUCAAGGUCCUUCUCCCCACGCCGCUCUCGUUCUGCUAGAAGAUCUAGAGCCCUUACCCCCAAGAGAUCAAGAUCUCGGUCAAAGUCCAGAUCAAGGUCUAGGUCACUUUCUCGUGCAAAGACCAGGUCUGGUUCCCCCACGAGGAGCCACUUUACCUCGAGGAGUCCUCGUCGAGGUGACAGCUCGGAGAGAGACGACUGAACUUGGAAGUUUUUUGUUUCUUUUUGUAAGCAUCUCUCGUGACUAAGUUCUUUGUUAACCCAUUGUAUUAUUUGAAAAUAUAUAGCUUGUUAAUUUCCUCUUGAGGGAUAUUACUGACAUUUCAAAAAGAAGCAAUUGGGACCCAGUUUGGAAUGCUUUUGUGUUUGUGUUUUAGAAAUAGUUGUUGGUUAAUAAAGUAUAUUUGAUUUAAAACUG